AUGGCUAACCUCAGAAAUUCAAAUGAAAUGCAUCCAGUUCAGAGACGUUCUAGUUUGCCGAAACAUACACGACUACGAGAAAAAGAGAAACAUGAAGUCGAAAGUCCCCCCAGUGAAUUUGGAGUACGGAAUAUAAAUAGUCGCAGUUCACAACCAGUGGAAAGAGUUAGUAGUUUACGUAUCAGACAUUCAAUACCUGCGAAUCCUGCACAAACUGAGCGAAACCAUGUAAUAGAGACACCUGAGGAUUUGUUAAGCCAUCGAAAACUUCGUGUCUCAGGAGACGUAGUCAAACGCUUAAUGACACCUGUGUUAACACGUUCAAAACAAAAUACAUGGUCCCCCGAACUUACAUUGAAUAAAAGUUCACCAAUUUCCAAAAAUCAAGAGUUUAUAACUACGAUUGAGGGAACGGGGGAACACUCUGACGGCGAGAAAGAGCAACAAUCGGGUGACACUCCUUUGGAUAUUGACCUGAAAAGGAAACUUAGUUUCGAGGAUUCAUACCACGUAGAUUCGUUAGAAUUCGAACCAAAGCAGGGAUUAAAACAGGAUGAAAAAGAUCCAUGGGUUAAAACCACAUUCUGUGAACAUAAUCAGGAAGAGGAUGAUCGAUGUGAAACUGUUUGCGAAACCUCUCAAAAUUUGCCAAUCAACUCGAUAAUUAAUGCACAUCAGGGUAGUUACAAAACUGAUUUGAAAUCACCAGUUGAUAGCUAUAAAUCAGAAAUAGACACGAGGUCUACUUAUGAAAAACCAGAUUUGAACGAAUACAAUCAUGCUGCUAACUUGAGAGAUUUAGAGCCACAAUCAAGGAAAAAUUUCCAAAUGAAUUGUGACAAUAACAAUAUGCUAAACUCUGGGAUACCAGUAUUUAAACGAAGUGUAUCGCUUCCCGAAGGUUUGCCAUUUUGUGGUAGUUUACAUUUAGGAAAUAGACAUCGGUCGGAAGAAUCGCUAUUUGCUUUGAAAAUAAAAAUCGAUGAUCAGGCAUGGCGGAAAGUAUACACCGAACCUAAUGAUAAAGUACAUUUGGGAGGGGUCGUAUCCUCAACUUCAGAAUCUCAGAAUCCAAAAAUGUAUUGUAAAUCAAAUAUUUUGGUGCAAACUGUCAACUUAAAGAAAAGUCUUAAUUUGUCUAGCGAAACUCAAGGGGGUUUAUCACAAUCUUUUCCAUCAGCAUAUGUUGCUGAAUUCUCUAGCACUCCAAAUGAGUCCCCAAUAAACUUAACGGGAGAUGUUGAUAUACCUUUUUGUCUAUGGCCAACCUCCUUAAAAGCUGGCAAAAGAAAUAAUGAAACUCGAAGUAUGCCAGAUUUACUGCAACCAUCAAUUGAGCGAGAGCAUCAGUUAGUACAUAUGUCGGCGAAUUUAUCGGUUUCGAUGCAAUAUAGGCCUACUGAUGAAUUGCCUGACAGCUUAAACACAUGGUCGAACACUGAAACACUCGAUAGCCAAAGAAACGAAUGUUCUUUCUUACCAAACUGUCCAUCGCCUAUAUGCUCAUCGUCACUACAGUCGUUACUGCAUCCUUCGGAACCAGAAAAAGCUAAGAAUGAACCACCGGCCUCAAACAUCACGUUGUCACCAUCCACAUCCGAACAAGAAGAAGUCAUUGAAACCAUUUUUGCUUCAAAAAACCCUUUAUUUCAAUGUGCACCGCCAGAAUAUAAUAUUAAAUCUAUUAAUUCUUCUUCUACAGAUCUUCGAGAUCCAGAACUAAUAGAGUCCGUUUAUGCAGAUAUAUCACCUUGUAUCUCAAAUAUUAAUUUAGAAGAGGAAUGGCCUAUUAUAAAUGACUCUCCAAAUGCCCAGUCUUCUUCAUUACCGAACAAUCAGCGGUAUUCCAGUGAGUCCUCUAGUACUGAUCAAUCUUCUAACUCUGAUCCAUGGGAGAAAGUUGAAUCUAGCGGAGAGUCAAAUAAUCAGAUAUCUCCAGACUCAUCGCCAGAACGCCUUGCUGAGAAAGCAGACAUUCACAGAUAUGAAUGUGAAGAAGAGCCGUUUAGGAGGCAAGAAAAGUCUCCUGUCCGACCUAAGUCAUUGGAUGCAAACUAUAUCUUUAAACCGCAAAGCGAUCUAAAGACGGAUAUUUCUAGAACUAAUAGACCUGAACCCUUGGAACUCUAUAAUCAACACAACAAGGGCCUACCAAAGUUAGAGAUACAGGUCCACGAUAGAUCCCCAGGUAUUGCUCGGCCAAAAUCAUUAGAUAUUGAUCGGGUCUUUUCACCAAGCCAUGUCUCAAAUUCUGUAACACCAGAGAAGCACACUAUUAUUAUUACUCCUGUAACACCUGGUGUGUCUGAAGAUGACUUGAAUAUAACUUUCAGAAGAGAUUCAAAUUUCAAUCUUGACACACUUUCUCCAAGGAUGAGUCUGCCGACUAUACGACGGAAAAGAGCAAACCAGUUAAGAAAAAUUGAUGACGCUCAUAGGUUCUCGUUGCCACGGAACCUUUUACGACUCGGCACACCGCCAGCAGACGAAUUCGAAGAGGAACUUCCACCAUCAAAGAGUGCCAGCCUGGAGAAAUUGGCCCCUGAAAUAGGUGAUGACAGUUGUUACAGAAUCGUCUAUGAGCUGGUCAUGACAGAACAAUCAUACGUCAGUAGGUUGUAUCUACUUAACAAGGUAUUUUUUGAAACGAUUGCCCGGGAAAAUGAGAAACAUCGCUAUUUUAGCCCCGACGUUUUGGAGACGAUUUUUUCUAACACGCCCCAGAUCCAUUCUCUGCAUAAAGAUCACCUUCUACCUCUGCUAAAGAAAAGGAUAACUGAAUGGGAGAAGCACAACAAAAUAGGAGAUAUCAUGAGAAAAUAUGCUCCGAUGUUUAAGCUGUAUUCAAUUUACGUGUGUGAAAUGGAAGAUGCUAUUGAGGCCCUUGAUAAAUGGAUAUCUAAGUCAUCCAAAUUCAACAAUCUUUUGAAAAAUAUUCAGAAAAAGAAGAUCUGUGGUCGAAUUGGACUGAAGGAGCACAUGCUGGAACCUGUGCAGAGACUACCACGAUAUCAACUCCUAUUAGAAAGAUAUCUUAAGAAAUUACCAGACAAUUCAGAAGAUAAAGAGGAUACAAACAAGGCUUUAGGAAUCAUAAAAGAGGCAGCACAGCAUGCUAACGACUUCAUCAAAUCAAGGGAAAUGAGACUACGACUAAUAACCAUCGGAAAGAUGAUUGAUGGAGAGAAGAUUGUGACGCCAACGAGAGAAAUCAUAAAAGAAGGAAGCAUAUCUAUGGAAGGCAAAAAUGGACCAGAACAGAAACGUCUCUUCUUGUUUAACGACAUGUUGAUGGUGUGUACUCCGACCAAGAAAAUGCUAUCUGGCAACGAAAAUCUAAAAGUGAAAUUUAAGCUUAAUGUCGAGCGAAUCAAGGCAAAUGAUUAUGAAGUUGACACCACCGGUACCACAUUUACAGUAAGGUCAACUACUAAAGAAGGCGUCGACUCUGAAAUCUUAAAAAUGCAAUGUGCGUCUGAGGAUGAAAAAUACGCUUGGCUCCAAGAACUCAGAGAAGCAACUACAGAGGCACACGAAAGAUCAUUGAGUUUUCGAAGGAAGUUAGAAGAACAAAAAUCAAAAUCGACGGGCGAACACCCAAAAGAAAUAUUUAGGAAGAUGCAAGGUAAAAGUUCCAAUGACAACAAUGGUCCAGUCACUCCUAUCCACUUAACCACAAGUGGUGAUGAAACAGAAAUUUUCGUUUAGAAAAAACUAUACAGUAUAUAUUUAAAGUUGAUAAAGCAUUUCAAGUUUUAAUUAAAACCUUCAUAAGUUUUACUAGAAUUAAUCACACAUUAUAUAAUAACAGUGAUGAAAUAAUGUAAAAUAGAAGAAUACAAGGUCAUUCCAUGUUAGAUAACCAAAAAAAAAAAAAAAAAAAAAAAAAAAAAA